AUGCGCCUAAAUGCCACCAAACAUUCGAGAUCCCAAAAGACAGAUCCAGAAAUCCUCACUCUGCGGUACGGGAUGAACAUACUCCCCGUCCAGCGAUUCCAAUCUGGCCCAAUCACCGACCAGUUCCGCCUGGAUAUCAUCCUGUUCGACCAAUCCGGAAACCCAACAGAUAUAAAUAUGAUCUCCAUCGGUCUUUCCCGUGAUGCUCAUGAUGCGCUGCGAAUCACGAUGAUUACGAUAAAUCCUACUCCUGAAACCUCGAAGUGCCAUGGCAACCACAACCCGAGACAUAGACACCCAGCACAUUCGGAACCAGAGCCUCCGAUGAAGCAUGCGGGUCAGAGCGAUACCUCCGAGUCCGAGUCCCAGCUUCACAAAUGGCUUGAUGCUGGUCGGAGGUUCGGCGGGAAGAGUUACGGGUCAUUCACGUCGGCGUUUAAGUCGCGGCCUUGUCAGGAGCAUUGUUCCGAGAGACAUUCUUAUCCACCGAGCAGUUAUGAACAUAGUAGGGUCCAUAUAGUGGAUAUCCUUCGUGUCUUUUAUCCGGCUAUUCUCCCAUUCUUACUUGGGGUUGUGGCGGGUGGUGCUAUUUGUCUUAUUGGGAUUAUGGUGCGCAGAUCUGCUGCUUACUGGUCUUGUGGGAAGAGGCGCGAAACGGAAACCGAAGGUUCUGCUGUUCAGAAUGAAGGGGAAAGUACAGAAGAGAAGUCGUAA